AGGCCAGGACCCGCGAGCGCGAGACCCCGAGCGCCAAGGCGGGAGAAGGCUCGCGCAUGCGCGGCUCGGAGCGUCGGGCUCGCCAGGAUGGGGAAGGGGAGGUGGAGUUUCCUUGAGGGAACUUGACCCGUUAGCUGCCGCGGCCAUGGCGGCGCGCUCGCCGCCCUCACAGCUGCUUCUGCCCCCGGCGCGACAGUUGGGGCCCCGGUCCCCAUGUGUUGGGCGGGGAGCUGUGGCACACGCAGUGCGCAGCGAGGCCUCGGGUCUUGCCGGCGCAGCGCGGGAGGGCGUCGUGGACAAAAGCGAUAUACCCUGGCGGGGCGAAGAAGGGUCAGAGGGCCAGCGAGGGCCAGCGGGGACAGCUCCGGCUCAGGCUCCCCUCCUCAGCGCGCCCAUGGGGUCCAUGCGGCUAGAGGGCAUCUCGGUAGAGGAGGCGAUGGUGACCCGGACGCAGCUGCUGGAGGAAGAGCUGAGCAGCCUAAAGGAGGAGCUGGCCCUGUGUCAGGCUGAUAAAGAAUUCGUAUGGUCUCUGUGGAAACGUCUACAGGUGACAAACCCAGAUCUCACACAAGCAGUUAGUCUGAUUGUGGAAAGAGAAAAACAGAAAUCCGAAGCUAAAGACAGAAAAGUUUUAGAAAUUCUGCAAGUCAAGGAUGCUAAAAUACAAGAAUUGGAACAGAGUGAAUCAAGACUAAAACAGGAAAUAAAUGACCUUGUAAAACGGAAGAUUACAGUAGAUGAAGAAAAUGCUUUCUUAAGGAAAGAAUUCAGUGACUUGCAGAAGAAAUUUAAAGAUAAAAGUCAAGACGUUAAGGACACUAAGGAGUGUGUACAGAAUAAGGAAGAGCAAAACAGACUGGUUAUAAAAAAUCUGAAGGAGGAAAAUGAGAAAUUAAGCACCCACUGCGCUGACUUGCUAAAUGACCUGGAGAAACUGAGGAAGCAGGAAGCACAUUGGAGAAAAGAAAAAUCUAACACUGAUGCAAAAAUAAAGGCCUUUGAAGACAGUUUAAUUGAAGCAAAGAAAGAAAUUGAAGUGUCACAGAGUAAAUAUAAUGCUCUGUCAUUACAGUUGAAUAAUAAACAGACUGAACUUAUCCAAAAGGAUAUGGAUAUCACUUUGGUCAGGAAAGAGUUGCAGGAGCUGCAGAAUCUUUAUAAACAGAACAGUGCACAUACAGCACAGCAAGCAGAACUGAUCCAGCAACUUCAGGUUCUGAAUAUGGACACACAGAAAGUGCUGAGGAACCAGGAAAAUGUUCAUACAGCUGAGAGUAUAUCAUAUCAAAAACUUUACAAUGAGUUACAUAUUUGUUUUGAAACCACAAAAUCAAGUGAAGCUAUGCUCCGACAAAGUGUUGUUAGUCUUCAGGAUCAGCUAUUUCAAAGAGAGCAAGAAAAUGCUAAAUUAAAAGAAAAGCUUCAGGAAUCACAAGGAGCACUCUAUCCUUUACCUCAAGAAUGUGAUUCAGACCGCUCAGAACAGGUUUCUCAACAGCCAUCUUUAUCAAGUCUAGAAACCUUAAUGGUCUCACAGAAGUCUGAAAUUGAGUAUUUACAGGAGAAACUGAAAAUAGCAAAUGAGAAACUGUCACAGAACAGAUCUUCCAACAAGGGUUCCUCAGAGAAGAGCAUCUUGACAAGUGCUGACGGGAAACAUAAGGAACCACCUGUGAAACGUUCAAGGUCUUUGUCCCCAAAGACCUCUUUCACAGACUCAGAGGAGCUAAAGAAGCUGAGAAAAGCUGAAAGAAAGAUUGAAAACUUAGAGAAAGCACUACAACUAAAGAGCCAGGAAAAUGAUGAGCUAAGAGAUGCCCAUGAAAAACGCAAGGCAAGGCUACAGAUGUUACAGACCAACUACAGAGCAGUAAAAGAGCAAUUAAAACAGUGGGAGGAAGGCAGUGGCAUGAUGGAAAUCAGGAAAAUAAAGAGAGCAGAUCCUCAACAACUUCAACAAGAAGAUUCUGAUGCUGUAUGGAAUGAACUGGCCUAUUUCAAAAGAGAGAACCAGGAGCUAAUGAUUCAAAAGAUGAAUCUUCAAGAAGAAUUGGAUAAACUUAAAGUACAUAUGUCUGUUGAUAAAGCAACGAUACAGGAAUUGAAUACAAUUAUAGCAGAGAGAAAAGAAGAACAACUCUUAAGAUACGGUGAGGAUGACGGGGUCAAGAAGAGUACUCCAGAGAAGAAUUGGAAAGAAAUGUCAGAGCAGACAUUACAGAAGGUCAUUGAAUUGGAAAAUCGGCUAAAAUCUUUUGAGAAAAGGUCUAGAAAACUAAAAGAAGGGAAUAAAAAAUUAAUAAAAGAAAAUGAUUUCCUGAAAUCCCUCAUAGAACAGCAGCAAGAAGAUGCAAAGACCAGAGAAAAAGAGCUAGAACAGUUACAGAAGGGAAGUCAAGAUGUAGAAAAAGACAAAGCUGAACUUCAAGUAAAAAUCAGUGAGCUGGAGGCAGAAGUCACUUCCUUAAGGAGACAAGUGGCAGAAACUGAUGGGUUGAGAAAUGAAAAUGAAGAGCUGAUGAAUUCAGUGGAGAAAUUACAGCGUUCAGCAGACCAAGCUAAAUCUGAGAUGGCCACCACGAAAGUCAGAUCAGGAGAGUCUGCUUGUAAGACCACCACUACUAAGGUUAAAUUUAAAGCCGCCAAGAAAAAGUGCUCUGUGGGUCGUUACCAUACGGUUCUCAAUCACUCCAUCAAGGUUAUGAGCAAUAUGUUUGAGAACCUCAGCAAGGACGACUGGGAGGAUGUGAGUGAAAGCAGUGAUUCUGAAACGCAGACCUUACAGAAUUUGGGAACAAUUAUUGUAGAAACAUCCCAGGAAAUAAGUCCUACAGAAGAUAGAAGAGACCAGAAAGAAAAUGACCAAACAGAAGACAGCCAAGUGCAAGGAAAAGAAAUAGUACAAAUAUAUCCAAAUGUAGAUGGCAAGACCUCAAAGAUUUAUUUUCACAAGAAUGCCAAAAAGCCAGCUUUUCAAAAGAAGAAUGGUCAUAUUCAAAAGAGUUCACAUACAACAGGUCCUACCAGAGUUAACAGAGAAAAGUGGAAAAAUAUAACUGCCCAGAAAUCAAGUAGCAAUAUUAUUUUAUUACGAGAACGGAUUGUAUCCUUGCAACAACAAAACAGUGUACUUUUCAGUGCCAAAAAAGCAGCAGAACUGUCUGUUAAAGAAUAUAAAGAAGUCAAUGAAAAACUCCUUCAUCAGCAGCAGGUGUCUGAUCAACGAUUUCAGACAAACAGGCAGACAAUAAAGAAGCUAAAUUUGGAUUUGGCUGAGCUUAGGAAAGAAAAAGAAGACUUACUAAAGAAAUUGGAGUCCUCAUCUGAAAUCACAAGUUUGACUGAAGACGUUACCCGGCUGGCAAUUCCACGGAUACAAGUUACAUCACUUGGCCCUUCAAGGAGCAUGGAUUUGGAAAUGAAGCAAUUGCAGUGUAAACUAAAGAAUGCAACUAAUGAACUCACUAAACAAUCAUCAAACUUGAAGUCUCUGAAAUUUGAACUCCUAGCAAAAGAAGAACACAUAAAGGAAAUGCAUGAAAAGAUGUCUCGAAUGGAGAGAGAUAUAACCAUGAAAAGGCAUUUGAUAGAAGACUUGAAAUUUCGACAGAAAGUAAAUUUGGAAAGUAAUGAGAGUAUUAAUGAAAUGCUAGAAAAUCUUGAAAAAAAGGUGAAGACAUUAACUGAAGAGUGUUCCAAUAAGAAAGUAUCAAUUGAUUCACUAAAGCAAAGACUUAGUGUUGCUGUGAAAGAGAAGUCACAGUAUGAACAGAUGUAUCAGAAAACUAAAGAGGAGUUAGAAAAAAAGGAUAUCAGGCUUUCUUUUCUCGUAUCAAAAAUAAAUGAGGCUGAAUCUGCAAUGGCAGAAAUUGAAACAGCGGCAUCAAAGCAUCUCCAAGGAUUAGCGAUGCAAAGUGAGCAGGCCCUCGAAGGUGCACAGAAGAAAUUGCUGUUAGCCAAUGAGAAAGUGGAAGAGUUCACCAUAUUUGUGAAGGCUUUGGUCAGAGAGUUACAAAAUGAUGUCCAUUCGAUAAGGCGACAAAUGAGAGAGCUUAAAAAAAUGCAGAAAAACAGGGAUGCUUGUAAAACCUCAACCCAUAAAGCCCAGACCUUGGCAGCUUCUAUCCUGAACAUUUCACGGUCAGAUCUAGAGGAAAUAUUGGACACAGAAGACGAAGAGGAAAUCGAAAGGACAAAAAUAGAUGCUGAAAAUGACAAGGAAUGGCUGUUGUACAUUCAGAAACUUCUUGAAGGACAGCUUCCUUUUGCCACAUAUUUACUAGAAGCAAUACUGGAGAAAAUAAAUGAAAAAAAGAGACUAGUUGAAGGAUAUUUUGCAAUUAUGAAAGAUACGAGAUGAUAUUAUGAUUGAGACCUUUUUUUUCAAAUGUGAGAACUUUUUAUGUGUUGUGAUUGGAAAACAUGCAUUGCAAUCCUGAUACAGUAUCUGCUCCAACUAUCAAUAGUUCAGUUCAAUAUCAAAAUAAGAAGUCUCUGAAACAAAUUAAUUGCUGAACAAGUGAAACUAAUUAAGUGCAUAGCCAUUUAAAAGGAAAUAGUGUAGCAUUUGAUUGUUGAAUACAAAUAUUGCCACAAAUCAAUGCAACUUUAAAAUGAUUUUCCUUCCAGUAUAUUAGAAGAAAUUAGAACAAGCUUGGCACACACAAAUUAGUCUGAACAUAAAAAGAAAAAAGUAUAAACUGAGCACUUAGUGUUUUAAGUUUUAUUAAGAAACUAUACUUUUUACAUAAAAUUGCUAUAAAUGGCCUUAAAUCAGCCAGUGAACAAUAAAUUUGUACCCUAGGCAAAUAUAAAAGGAAGCUUUAUAACUUAAGAUGAGCAUUUAAUGAAGUAAAUGAUGUGGUCCAAUUGUCUCUGUUCUCAGUCUACUGGAUUACAUAGGAGAUACUGUAUUUUCUUAGAACAGUUUGGCAAAAAUAAAAACAUCGUCUCCUUUGCUCUCUCUUUUUUUUUUAAAUUCACAGUUCUUUGUGUGGUUAUACAAAUUAGCAAGGGACCACAAAUCCGUGUAUUAAUUAGGCUGGUCCUAGCAGUCCACUGAUUAGAUUAAAGUUGAAUUCUUAACAGUGAUAUCAUCCUUAUUUAGAUUCCCAAAACUUCCCUUUCCCGUCUUUGCUAUGUUCCUAACUCCUGACUUUUUGGUUCCUCCAGUUCACCCAACUUGUGCCUGCCUCCAGCUUUAAGCCUUGCUACUCUCUUUCUGCAAUAGUCUGGACUCAGCUUUUCUCUUGUCUGCCUCCUGCUCUUCAUUCAGGUUUGCCUUAUUUACUUCCUCAGAGACACAUUCCCUGGCCAUCUUGCUUUUUAACUUCCUUUUUAGCACAGAAGUAUAUAUUUCACCUGUCCACUUUUUUAUUUUCUUGUUCUUCCCCCUAACCCCGCCUGCUUUAGAAUAUAGGUCCAUGAGGAUAAGGUGGGGUUGGCAAAUUCUGGCCCACAGGCCAAGUCUGGGCUGCCACCUGUUUUUUUGUGGCCUAUAGUAAGCUAAGAAUGGUUUUUACAUUAUCAAAUGGUUAAAAAAUUCAAAAGAAGAAUAUUAUUUUGUAACAUGUGAAAGUUAUGAAAUUCAAACUUUAGUAUCCAUUAAUAAAGUUUUAUUGGAACACAGAAAUGCUCAUUCAUUUACAUAUUGUUUAUAGCUGCUCUCGCACUACAGUAAUGUGGGUGAGUAGUUGCAGCAGAGACCAUAUGUAGUGCUGUCACCACUUUGCACGGCUCCUAGGCACACUGCAAAAUCACAGUGACAUAGUUACAACUUGACAGUAUUUCAAGUGCCACAAUUACAACCAUACUGAAAAAAUGUUUUAAAGCAGUGCAUAUCCAUCACGUAGAGACAAGAAAAAUGGCUAUCGGAUGUCACACUUUUAAGGCAUAGUGAAGUGUGGAUUAUUUUGCUAUUGAACUCAAUGGCAAAGCAUUAUGUUUAUUAUGUAAUGACAUAGCUAUGCUAAAAGAAUUCAGUACAUACAUUAUCAGACUAAGUACUCAUCACAGUAUUCCCAACUCACAGUAAAGCAACAAUAAGAAAAAAAUUACAAAAUUUAAUACGUAAUACCACAGCAGAAUUUUGUUACAAAAAUUAAAAUGAGAUAGCGUAGUGUUACCCUGAUACCAAAAUUAAACAAAGGCAGCACAAAGAAAUAGACUGUGGCUAAAUAGACUGUAGGCUAAAAAAUGGCCCUUAAAGAUGUCCACCUCUUAAUCCCUAAAACCUGUGAAUUUUUACCUUGUAUAGCAAAAGGGACUUUGCAAAUCUGAGUAAAUUAAGAACCUUGACUGGGGAGAUUAUCCUGGAUUAUUUUUGGACCUAAUGCCUUCUAAGAAGGAGACAAGAGAAGACAGAGACCAAUGUUACUGCAGAAGCAGAGAUGCAGAAGUUUAGAGGCUCUACUUUGUUAGCUGUAUGUAUGGAGGAAGAGUGCCAUGACCCAAAGAAUAUAGAUAGCUCCUGGAGAAUGCAGAAAGCAAAGAAAUGGGCUGUCCUCUAGAGCCUCCAGAAAGAACCAACUUCAUUGACACCUUGACUUUAGCUUAGUGAAACCAAUUUUGCAUACCCAGAACUGGAAGAUACUAAAUCUAGUGCUGUUUUAAGCUACUAAGUUUGUGGUAAUUUGUGACUACAGCAAUAGAAAACUUACUCAAUUUGCUUAUGUUCUGUUUGGAAUUUUUAUAUCUGUGUUCUCAAGUGAUACUGGCCAGAAGAUACAAGAUCUAGGCUGGUUCAGUUUUCAGAAAUCAAUCAAUGUACACCACCAUUUUAACAGGCUAAAGAAGAAAUAUCAUACAAUCAUAAAACUUUUAAGAAAGCAUUUGAAAAAUUCAACAUCCAUACAUGAAAAAAAAACCAGCUCAGAAAACUGGGAAUGUUCUCAAAUUGAUUGGAACAUCUACAAGAACCUACAUCUAAGCCUACGUUAAACUUAAUGAUGGAAUAUUGAACACUUUCCCUUAAGAUCAGGAACAAGACAAGGAUGUCCACUCUCAUCACUCUAAUUCAACAUAAUAUUGAAAAUUCUAGCCAGCACAGUAAGGCAAGAAAAGGAAAUAAAAAGCUUACAGAUUGGAAAGAAAAAGUAAAGCUAUCUCUGAAAAAAUAAACCAACCCUCCCAGAAUUAAUGUGACUUCAGCAAGGCAGCAAGGUCUGAAAAUACAAGAGCAACAUGUAAAAAUAAACUGUAUAUCUAUGCACUAGUAAACUAGUAAAAAAUAUGUGGAAACCGAAAUUUAAAAUACAAUAAAAUUGACAACUGCUCAAAAGAAAAAGGAGAGGAAUACUUAGGUGUAAAUCUAAUAAAGUUUGCAUAAGAAUUCUGUACUGAAAACUACAAGCGCUGGUGAGAGAACUCAAAGGAGAUUAAAUAAAUGUGGAGAAAUACGGGAGCAAGGAUUGGGAUACUCUGCAUAGCAAAGACAUCAAUUGUCUGCAACUUUAUAUACAGGUUUACCACAAUUCCUAUGAACGUCACAGCAAACUGUUUUGAAGAUAGAGACAAGAUUCUUCUAAAAUUUGUGUGGAAAGACAAAGUGUUUUAAAUGGGAGAAAUUACUCUACCCAAUUUCAAGAUGUAUUACAUAGCUGCACUUAUCAAGAGUGUGUGGUAUUGGCAGAGGGACAGACACAUAGAUCAGUGGAACAGAAUAGAGAGCCAAAAGAUACACCCUUGCAAAUAUGCCCAAAUGAUUUUAAAUAAAGGUUCAAAAACAAUUCAAUGGAGUCAGGAUAGUCUCUCAACAAAUGAUACUGAAAGAAUUGGAAAUCCAUACAUAAAAAAAAGAACCUAAACUUGACACUUCAGACACAAAUUAUCUCAAAAUGAAUCAUACAUUUAAAUGUAAAAUAUAAAAGAUAAGAGAAAAUCUUCAGAAUCCAAGACUUGGUGAAGACUUUCUACAUAUAACACCAAAAGCAUAAUGCAUGCACAAAAGAGAAACUGGCAAAUUUGACUUCAUCAAAAUUAAAAAACUCUUGCUCUGGGAAUAGACAAGUUAGUUAGACAAGAUAGAAUAGACAAGAUAGUUAUUUUUUUUUAUGUCAAAUUGACUGUUUCACAGUGCCAGUUGUGUGGUCAAACAUUCUGGAUUUUUCUAUAAGUGUGGGGUUUUUUAUGAAAUUAACAUUUAAAUCAGUGGAAUUUGCAUAAAGCACAUUGCCCUCCAUAAUGGAGAUGGGCCUCACCCAAUCAGUUGAAAGCCUAAGCAGAACAAAAGACUGACUUUCUCCAAGCAAAGGAGAAUUCUGCCAGCGGACAGCAUUUGGAUUUGAAUUGCAACAUUGGCUCUUCCUGGUUCCAGCCUGCCAGCCCACCUUGCAGAUUUUAGACUUGUCAUUAUAAUUGCAUGAACCAAUUCCUUAAAGCAAAUUAUAUGUAUAUAAUAAUAUGUGUAUAACACAUAUAUCCUAUUGGUUUUGUUUCUCUGGAUAACCCUGGGUAAUAUACCAGAUUUUGGCUAUUUCACAUAAAGUUACUACAAACAUUUA